GACGUUUCAUUUGUUCAUUGGGUGCUGGUGCGGCAGCAUGUAAACAAAGUCAUUCGCUACUGCUGCUAAUACAUUGUGCUUAUUACACUCAAGAUGGGAUUUCUAACGAUUCUUAAGAAAAUGAAGCAAAAGGAAAAGGAAAUGCGUAUAUUAUUGCUCGGUCUCGACAAUGCCGGAAAGACCACCAUCCUGAAGCGAUUCAACGGCGAGCCAAUCGACCAGAUAUCGCCCACGCUUGGGUUUAACAUCAAAACGCUGCACUACAACGACUAUGUACUGAACAUGUGGGACGUUGGAGGCCAAAAGUCUUUGCGCUCGUACUGGCGUAACUACUUCGAGUGUACGGAUGGGCUGAUCUGGGUAGUCGACAGUACCGAUCGGAUGCGUAUGGAAUCGUGCCGCGAGGAGCUUACGCUGCUGCUGCUGGAAGAGCGUCUUGCCGGUGCGACUCUGCUUGUGCUAGCGAACAAACAAGAUCUACCCGGCGCACUGACGGCGAACGAAAUCAAGGAGAUAUUGCAGCUGGACAAAAUCGAAACACAUCAUUGGUCCAUCCAGAGCGUAAGUGCCGUGACGGGUGGUAAGCUGGUGGAAUCCAUCGAUUGGUUGGUGGAGGACAUAUCGAAACGAAUAUUCACAUUGGACUAAGGUCCAGAAUCACCAUUAGCGUCUUCAUAUCGUGCAGCAUUAUUUAUUCCCCCCGUGCAAUUAGUCACUCGCAGCACUGUUCCAGAUACGAUUUUUCGUUUUCGAGUUCAUUUUAUCGCCGGCACUUAGGGGUGUUAUGUGGGCCGCGUCGACAAUGUUUCUGUGUAUGUGUGUGUGGUAAAAUAACAAAAUUGCAAGCAGCGUAAAAGAAUUGAGUUUAGGUUGACAUUGAUAGAAAAGCUCUUACUUGAACUCGUCGUAGUUUUUCGACGUUAAAACGGCCCGCAGCUUUGCAUCGUUUCUGACCGCGUACAAAGUGUCCUCUCGAAUUUGUUCCAAACAGCGUGCUUCCAGCGCGAUUAUAUCACCGCGAGUGAUGAUUCGAUUGCCAAUCUCCGACAUGUUGAACUGGUCGCUGCUGCUGCUGCUUCGCGUCUCUCCAAACCAACCAAACUAAACACUAAGCGUUGCUUAGCAACCAGCAAUACCACAUGCUGCAGGGUAACUCUGUUUGUAUUUCGCGGCUUACAUGACUCGGCGCACCGUGUCCGAGAGGAUUAAUAUCCUAUAUUUUUUAAUGCUCCUACAAUUGAAAUACACUGUAAGCAUCGAUAAUAACGUC